GCCUCUGCAGAGAGCUUUACGACCAGUGGCCGUCUUUUUUACGACAGGCCAAGGGUGCUUUGCGGCUGUCAACUUUCCCCGUGGUUUGAGUUCGUAGCGACUCGUGUCGGGUGGCACUUGCGACGGCGGCGGAGAAAUGAAGCAAAAGCGGAAAGGAGAUCUCAGCCCUGCUGAGCUGAUGAUGCUGACUAUAGGAGAUGUUAUUAAACAACUGAUUGAAGCCCAUGAGCAGGGGAAAGACAUUGAUCUGAAUAAGGUGAAAACCAAGACAGCUGCCAAAUACGGCCUUUCAGCACAGCCCCGCCUGGUAGACAUCAUUGCUGCAGUCCCUCCUCAGUACCGAAAAAUCUUAGUCCCCAAAUUGAAGGCAAAACCCAUCAGGACUGCCAGUGGGAUUGCUGUUGUGGCUGUGAUGUGUAAACCCCACCGAUGCCCACAUAUCAGUUUUACAGGAAAUAUAUGUGUAUAUUGCCCUGGUGGACCUGAUUCAGAUUUUGAGUAUUCAACCCAGUCUUACACUGGAUAUGAGCCAACCUCCAUGCGAGCUAUCCGUGCUAGAUAUGACCCUUAUCUCCAGACAAGACACCGAAUAGAGCAGUUGAAACAACUUGGGCACAGUGUGGAUAAAGUGGAGUUUAUUGUGAUGGGUGGAACAUUUAUGGCCCUCCCAGAAGAAUACAGAGAUUAUUUUAUUCGAAAUUUACAUGAUGCCUUAUCAGGACAUACCUCCAACAAUAUUUACGAGGCAGUCAAGUAUUCUGAGAGAAGCCUCACAAAGUGUAUUGGAAUUACUAUUGAGACCAGACCAGAUUAUUGCAUGAAGCGACACUUAAGUGACAUGUUGACCUAUGGCUGCACGAGGCUGGAGAUUGGGGUACAGAGUGUCUAUGAAGAUGUGGCUAGAGACACCAACAGGGGGCACACUGUGAAGGCAGUAUGUGAGUCAUUUCACCUGGCCAAGGAUUCUGGUUUCAAAGUUGUGGCUCAUAUGAUGCCCGAUCUGCCAAAUGUGGGACUAGAAAGAGACAUUGAACAGUUUACAGAGUUUUUUGAGAACCCUGCUUUUCGCCCUGAUGGCUUGAAACUCUACCCUACGCUGGUGAUUCGCGGAACUGGGCUUUAUGAGCUUUGGCAAUCAGGAAGAUACAAGAGUUACUCUCCUAGUGACCUGAUAGAGUUGGUGGCUCGGAUCUUAGCCCUGGUGCCUCCGUGGACUAGAGUGUACCGAGUACAGAGAGAUAUUCCGAUGCCCUUAGUCAGCUCAGGAGUAGAGCAUGGCAAUUUGAGAGAGCUGGCAUUUGCAAGAAUGAAAGACCUUGGAAUACAGUGUCGAGAUGUGAGAACCAGAGAGGUUGGAAUCCAAGAAAUUCAUCACAAAGUACGGCCAUAUCAGGUUGAAUUGGUGAGGAGAGAUUAUGUGGCAAACGGUGGCUGGGAAACAUUCUUAUCAUACGAAGACCCAGAUCAAGACAUUUUGAUUGGCCUGCUACGAUUACGAAAAUGUUCGGAGGAAACCUUCCGUUUUGAAUUGGGUGGCGGUGUUUCCAUAGUCCGAGAGCUGCACGUGUAUGGGAGUGUAGUCCCUGUGAGCAGCCGGGAUCCAACGAAAUUUCAGCAUCAGGGAUUUGGCAUGCUGCUGAUGGAGGAAGCAGAAAGAAUAGCUCGAGAGGAACAUGGAUCUGGGAAAAUAGCUGUCAUAUCAGCCCUUCAAAAAUCUACAGAGGAAUCUAGAGUCUGCGCCCCAGCAGCCUAUUCUGAGGGAUUCUUUGUAUUUCUAAGGGGUUGGCACCAGGAAUUAUUAUCGGAAGAUUGGCUACAGAUUACAAGGCCCAUACAUGGUGAAGAUGCUGAAAUAAUGGCCACGCCCGUCCACCUUUGUGCAGUGUCCCCCCUGGCAGGAGACACAGAACCAAGGUUUCGUGGAUACGCAGCAGAGAGGCCGAGCAGAGCAGACAGACCUCCCCUGUCCCCUGGCGCGGAGCCUUACCCUGGUCCUGCAGCCGCAAGGACUGGAAGUGGCCUUCAAGGGCAGGGCCACACAGCUGCUGCCUGGGCCCGUGUGUGCAGGAGGCCCCCUCAGUUUUUGGUGUAAAUCAUUUCUCCAGGUUCUGACUCCUGCAUGAGGCCUACAGGUGACCUCUUCUGGCUCACGGUGACCAAAGCAAAUUAAUCCAUGUCCUUUGGACAUCAUAACUUGUAAAAUAAACUUGUGAUUGUCAUUUGAGGAACAAACUUAGAAGUAGGUUAUUUCUAUACUCCAGGGACUAAAAGCCAGGUUGGAACACAUGACCUCUGUCAGACAUCCAUCUUGGGCCUUUAACUACAUACGCCUUCAUGCCCAAGUUGGGAAAAGGAACUUCUGUUUUCAUGGAAAUCGUCUCGGUUACCGUGCUGACGUGCAGCGACAGUGCGCUGCGGGUGAGCUGGCAGGUCCCCAGCCGCCUGCCUUACCCAUUCAGCAGUCUGCCAUCCAAAGCGGGCCAUGACAAAGAGCCUUUUUUCCCCCAUUUGUUACUGUCUGCACUUCCCACAUUCUUGACACCUGGGGCACAGUGUGGGCAGCUCCCAGUGUUUGGCUUUCCUGUUCCCCGGUGCCAGCAGGGAGGGUCUGACAUGCACACCCAGAGGCCAGGGGCCUGAGUCAGUGCUUGCUGUUAUAGUCAGGCUGUUCCCUGCAUUGUGAUGCUUUAAGGUGGAUUUUGGUUUCUGUUACAUAAAGAAAGAUAGGAGUUCAGUUCAUACAUGAAAACAGGAACAUAGAAAACAAGCCCAGCUCUAAAAAUAGCAAAAAGACCAUUUUGUUUUCUUUCCGGAAGUUUGUCGUGUCUCUCUUAAACACUCAUGGAAUCUGUUACGGAGAAUGGGCUAGAGAAGUCAGUUCCUAAGUUAAGAGCAUGGCUUAACCCUCGGGCCUGCCUCUGUGCCGUUUCCAAAGCUUCGUUUAAUGCAACGGAUUCUUCCAAAUGCGUGUGAAAAUAAAAAGGCCUUAACAGAC